GAAUAGUUGAUCUAGAUAAAGACAGUUUUAGUAAAAUGAAAAUGGAAACCAUUGGAAGUGGUUUAACGUUGCUAAAUAGAAUUAAAUGGACAAUGGAGUUUUCUUUCGAAAAUGCAUUUUAAACAGUGUUGUUACAGCUCUGAUAUAAGUGUUUGUAUUUACAACACAAAGGACAUCUUGGGGUCCCAGUGUUUUUUAUUUUUAGAAUAAAUUUAGAAAUGAACUGUUCUAAAGGUGAAUGAUGGUCAGAGAGGAAAAGUGACUUCAUGGUAAUAAAGUGAGUUAGGGCAGUUGUAACAAGUGUAACUAACGUUAGGCUCCAUCCUCAACCAACAGGUCUCUGAUUAGUUUUUAGUAGUAGUGUUCUAGGAGAAGGAAUUAUCUUAGAGACAGAGCAGCUGUAAUCCCAAAGGUUGGAUUUAGUGAAGCAGGACAGGGUGGAAAGAUCAUAGCUUUAGAAUAUUUCAAGUAAGGAAGUCUGGGUUUAAAUCCUGGUUUUACCUCUUGAGCCUUGGAGCUUUUCCUACCAGUCCAGUGUAGAUUAUGCCUACCUUGUGGAUGGUUAUGAGCAUUUAAUAAUAUUAUCAAUGUAAAAGUUUCUAGCACAGUGCCUGGCAUAAAAUAUUAGUUCCUAUCAAGUUCAUUUCCCUACCCUUCUCAGUUCCUAACAAAUACCAUAGUGGACCCUCCUCUCCACUCCAUCCCCUCUCCACUUCAUCCUCAAGCAAUUUGGAGCCUACAGGAUCUACAACUUAGGUAACCAGUUCUUAAGUCCUGUUGCUGAAGGUGUCCUCAUGACUUCUCCUGUGGACCAUGUCCAUGAUCCUUUUUGCCUGUGUGGUACGGGUGAGGGAUGGACUGCCACUCUCAGCCUCUACUGACUUUUACCACACCCAAGAUUUUCUGGAAUGCAGGAGACGGCUCAAGACUUUAGGCUUGCGACUGGCCCGGUAUCCAGGUCGAGGUUCUGCAGAAGGCCGUGACUUCAGUAUACAUUUUUCUUCUUCGGGGGAUGUGGCCUGCAUGGCUAUCUGCUCCCGCCAGUGUCCAGCAGCCAUGGCCUUCUGCUUCCUGGAGACCCUGUGGUGGGAAUUCACAGCUUCUUAUGACAGCACCUGCAUUGGCCUAGCCUCCAGGCCAUAUGCUUUUCUCGAGUUUGAUAGCAUCAUUCAGAAGAUAAAGUGGCAUUUUAACUAUGUAAGUUCCUCUCAGAUGAAGAGCAGCUUGGAAAAAAUUCAAGAGGAGCUCGAAUUCCAGCCUCCAGUGGUCCUCACUGUGGAGGACACAGAUGUGGCAAAUGGGAUGAUGAAUGGUCACCUACCAAUGCACUUGGAGCCGGCUCCUAAUUUCCGAAUGGAACCAGUGACAGCCCUGGGUAUCCUCUCCCUCAUUCUCAACAUCAUGUGUGCUGCUCUGAAUCUCAUUCGUGGAGUUCACCUUGCAGAACAUUCUUUACAGGUUGCCCAGGAAGAGAUUGGAAACAUUCUGGCUUUUCUUAUUCCUUUUGUAGCCUGCAUUUUCCAGUGUUAUUUGUACCUGUUCUACAGUCCAGCCCGGACUAUGAAGGUGGUGCUGAUGCUGCUGUUUAUUUGCCUGGGCAACGUGUACCUACAUGGGCUGCGGAACCUCUGGCAAAUCCUUUUCCACAUAGGAGUGGCUUUUCUGUCUUCACACCAGAUACUGACCAGGCAGCUUCAGGAGAAGCAGUCUGACUGUGGAGUAUGAGGAUGACGCCGUGUGAUGAACAGAUUCUUUGAUUUACUUUUGAGGAUCAAUGUAGGCUUUCCUUUCUGCUUCUCGACUGCACCUCAAGUUUUCAUCCUUGAAAUUUCUUUCAACAAAACUGGACUGACAAGCCAAGAAUUGGGAAUUUUUUACAGUUGCAGUGGAAGUCGUGAGGUCGCUUGAUACCAAGUCUCGGUUUUGUGUCAAGUGUAACAGCAGAAUCUCCAGUUCAUCUGGUUUAUGUAGGAUAGCACACUCUAGGGGCUCAUUCAGAAAGAGAUUUAUUAAAAGAUCAGAAUGGAAAUAUUUUGGUCUUUUAUAUUGAAUGAUGCAAUAAACCACUAAAUUCAAUAA